AUGGCGGCGCACCGGCAGGAGCUGGAGCUAUUCCCCGGGUGCGGCGUGGCCCUGGCCCUCUUCCGACACGUCCGCAACGCGGCGGCGCUCCGGGGCGCGGCCCUGCAGGGCUCGGUGGCGGCCGCGCUGCUCAGCCCGGCCCUGAUUGUUGAUCCAUUUCAGAUACUUGUGGCAGCAAAUAAAGCAGUUCACCUCCACAGGAUUGGUAAAAUGAAGACCAGAAGUCUUUAUGCAGAAAUUAUUUUCAACCUCUCCCCAAACAACAAUAUUUCAGAUGCACUGAAAAAAUUUGGUAUUUCGGACAGUGAAACUGAAGUACUCAUUGUUGUGAUUGAAGACAAAGAAAAAUCUAUAAAUCUGGAAGAUAUUAUAUCUCAAGUAGAAGGCGAGCAGGUUUCUUUAGCAGAACUCACCAAAAUAACAGAUAUAGCAAAAGUUAAAAAGAUGUACAAGCUUACUCCACAGGAAGAAAAAAUUGGUACAUUACUGGAUGGUAUCAUUUGCAGAAUGGCAACAAAAGAUAUUUCAUGAAUAUGUACCAAUAAAUAUUGCAACAAAAUCACA